AUAAAUUUCUAAGUAAGCGUUUUCUCCGCUUCUAGAUUGUGUUCUUAACUGGCUUUGGCUACGUUUAUGUGGAUAUUGCUCAUCAGUGUGGAACAAUAAUUGUCACUUUAGCGCCUGAAGGAAGACCAGGACAACAGAUCAGUUUGAACAGAACUCAAGAGCAGAGCCUCCUUCUCAAAACGUUCAUCAGCCAGCUGAGCCUCACUGUAUAUGAUGACAUCACCAGCCCCAAAACAUCGUCUGAACUUUUGCGGUUCACGGUGGACCACAUUUACCUUCAUAUGGUUCCAGUUGCCAGCUACCUUAGGCCUCUCUCUCAUGAAUUCCACGGAGAGGCCACCAGUGGCCUUCAGCAGUUUUAUACUCUCCAUAUCUAUUGUGGAAACCUGCAGCUGGACAAUCAGCUUUACAACAAAUCCAAUUUCCAUUUUCCCGUCUUGCUGUGCCAGGGAGAGAAAAACGAAACCACACAGUGGACCAAAGUGCCCAACCUCAUGGUAUCCAACAAAGAUCUGGAAGAAUAUAAUGAAAAUUCCUUCAUCAAACUCUGCCUCACUCUGUCAGAAGAGCAGAAUUUGCUCUUUCAUGUGAAUGACCUCAGCUUUGAAAUGAAACCAGCCAGGUUAUAUGUAGAAGACACAUUUGUUUAUUACAUCAAAACUUUAUUUGAGACCUACCUGCCAGACAGCAGAGGCAUUUGCCAUUCUGCAGAAGCCUCGGCUAUUAGCCGGAUACUUCCUGAACCAGUAAGGCAGCAUGCAAAUGCUUUAGCCAAUCCAGUGAAAUUAAGGAAGUUAGCAAUCCAGCCGGUGAGCCUCUUGGUCAGCGUCCAUGCUUCCCUGAAGCUCUAUAUUGCUUCAGAUCACACUCCUCUCUCCUUCUCUGUGUUUGAACGAGGACCCAUUUUUACAACUGCCAGGCAGCUCAUUCAUGCGUUGGCCAUGCAUUAUGCUGCAGGAGCAUUAUUCAGAGCAGGAUGGGUUGUUGGAUCUCUGGAGAUUCUUGGCAGCCCAGCCAGCUUGGUAAGAAGCAUAGGGAAUGGAAUCGCCGAUUUCUUCAGGCUCCCAUACGAAGGCCUGACCCGUGGUCCUGGAGCCUUUGUUAGCGGAGUAUCCAGAGGAACAACAUCAUUUGUAAAACACAUUUCCAAAGGUAGAUACCCUGCUGCAUUUUUUCUAAGGUUUUUCAAAGACAGCGCUGAAGCUCUCAGAUUUGCCGUCCUCAUCUUAGUUCUAGCUUGUUGGGUUUCAGCAAAAUGCUGGGAGGGUAACAAACCUCACCAACCCUCUGUGUUUUUAAAGCAAGCCGUUCCUUUAACAUUAUCCUAG